AUGGAAGUGAUGAACAAAUACUGGACCAUAAAGACCCAUAUAGAGGACGCACCCAAGGAAGAUGACUUCUACCUCAAGACUUCGACUUUGGCUCUGUCGCUCGGCCCAGGCUCGAAGGAGAUGAUCGUGAAGAACCUGUACGUGUCCAUCGACCCUUACCAGUUGAACCGGAUGAAGAGUUCCAGUUCGUCACAGAAGACCGGUGGUUUUGCCGUGGGAAUCACUCCUGGCCAGGAAAUUGAAGCUUUUGGUGUGGCAAGAGUUGUGGCCUCAGAGAACCCUGAAUAUGAGAAGGGCGAUUUGGUUGUGGGAGUUGUUACUUGGGCAGAGUAUAGCAAGAUAGGAAGCAACGGAAUGAUCAGGAAGCUUGAUCCAAUGGGGUUUCCUCUGUCUUACCAUGUUGGGAUAUUGGCAUUUAGUGGGCUCACAGCCUAUGCCGGGUUCUUCGAGAUAUGCAAGCCGAAGCGUGGUGAGAAGGUUUUUGUAUCGGCGGCAUUGGGGUCAGUCGGGAACUUGGUUGGACAGUACGCGAAGUUGCACGGGUGCUACGUCGUCGGUUGUGCAGGAAGCAAGCAAAAGGUAGAACUGCUCAAGGAAAAACUAGGUUUUGAUGAGGCCUUCAACUAUAGGGAGGAAAAUGAUUUGAACUCAACUCUGAAAAGGUAUUUUCCUGAUGGGAUCGAUGUAUACUUUGACAACGUAGGCGCCGAGAUGCAAGAAGCUGCGGUCGCUAACAUGAAUGCCUUUGGCAGAGUUGCCGUGUGUGGAGUAAUAUCCGAGUAUACAGAUUCCGGGAAAAAAGCGGCGCCCGACAUGUUAGAUGUCAUUUACAAGAGAAUAAAGAUCCAGGGCUUUUUAGCCGGCGAUCACAUUGGCCUUUUCCAGGAUUUCAUCUCAACCACCAGCGACCAUCUCCGCAGUGGCAAGUUGUGCGCACUCGAGGACAUCUCAGAUGGCCUGGACAGCAUUCCCUUUGCUUUCGCAGGGCUGUUCCGCGGCGACAACAUCGGGAAGAAAAUUGUUAAGAUUGCAGAAGAAUGA